GGAGAUGAAAGGUGGGAUUUGGGGAGUGAUUGUCCAGCAAUCCCAGAGCUUUCUCCCAUCUGCUGGUUGGAAACUGCAUUUUCUUAGGGCAGUGGUUCACAAGCAUCGGCCUGGUCAGCCUCACUUGGAGGACUUGUUAGAACACAGACUGCUGGGCCUCAGUGUUUGGUUCAGCAUGUCUGGAGCGGGCCCUAUGAUUAACAUCUAACGUGGUCCCAGGUGGUGCUCCUGCUGCUGCUGCAGGCAGGCCACACUGAGAACCGCUGUCCCAGAGCAGGUGUGCAAAGUGGUCUGAGGCUCUCUUGAUCGUGAUACUGGGUCACCUGUUGAAGGGGCAGAUCCCUGGGCUCCAGGCCUUUGGGUUCCAUUUGAUGGGAGAGAUGCAGAGGUGGCUGGGAGUCCGCAUUUUCACACAAACAGAAGUUUGUGAACCACUGUUCUUGGUAGAGUACAGGCAGUUCAAUUAUUUGACCUGUUCACAGCCUGUCUGGUUCUUUGUGAACUUGAACAGUACGUCAGAACUUUGUGCUAUCAGGCGUAGGAGUUAGCACUCUUCACUCCACCUCCCAAACCUGUCAUGACAGUUCAAUACUUGGUAGUACCCUGUGAGUGUCCGAAGGUCCCAGGGUGUUUAAACCCCCAAGGAGCUCAACAGGGCUAGAGAAUAAGACAUAGAAAGGACAUGAACCAGAUGCUAGAUUAUGAUGGUAGGAUUCACAGUGAAGGAAGUGUGAGUAGCUGUCCAGAGAUCCAGGAUUGGAUUCCAACUUGAAAGAUGAGUAGGAUCUCAGCCUGGUCAUGAAGUCCAAGAGUUGCCCUAGGCAGAGGGAACAGUAAGAGACUUCUGGUGACAGGCCACAGCCGAGACCAAGGCAGCCCAAGUCUGACGGAGGGGUGACAACUCUGUUCCUGCUGGCCCUGGAGUUACCUGGCUUUGCUGCUUUCUUCCUUUUCCAGGUAAGUGGGGCCUGGGGAAAAGUGGCCUCAGUAAGCCUGUCCUGAAUAUCCAGAGACCUAAUGAGCUGCUAGGGUCACAGGAACAGUGAGGUGAGGGCUCCCGCUACUUCAGCCAGGAAUCAAGUCUUUGGGUGUUCAGAGUGCCUUUAAAGCCUGUCAGGGUCUCCAGACUAGCGGAUCAGAUGUGCGACCUCAGAUGUGCGAGUGGUUGGGAGGUCUUCAGAGUUGGGAGGGGUGGGAGGAGGAGUCUCGUCAGCUCAUUUGUCAAAAAAAAAAAUCUUCCAUUCUCAAUGGUUUUAAGAGUGUUUAAAAAGCGUACAAAAUAUAUUUCUUCUCAUGUCUAAAAUUGGCAGCUCCUUGUUUUGUAUUGAGAAUAGCCCUCGUAGUCCACUUAAACCUUAGCGUGUAAGACAGGACCAGGUGUUCAGAACGGGGUGGGAGAGGUGAGUUUAAUGAGGUGGGAGUGUUCAAGCUAGUCAUACUGCCGCUUUCACACUACAGGCGAUGUUUGUCUCUGGGACUUUCCCCAUCACCCAAUUUUGAAUACUUUCUCCCUUCUACCCCCCACCCCAGUCUGUGUUUUUCAUGUUGCUCUGGGGUUCUUUAUUCACAGCCACUGAGAACCUGAACGCAGGUGCUGGGACAGCCAACGUCCUCCAUCUAACAAGGCUUUGGCUUCCACACUCACACCACCUGCUUUAACAGAGGGCCUCCGUUGUUUUUCUCUUCCAGAGUCUUUCAUCCAGAAUCCCUUCCCGGCCAGACUCUUCCCUACCUACCGUGGUUCCCUGCUGUCCAUCUUUGGCUUGGCCUGGCCCUUUUGCUCCAUCCUCUGCCCCCAGCCCAAACCCCUCAGGCCUCUGCACACCUUGGUUCCACUCUAUAACUCCAUGCCAUUGCACCUUCCCCAAACCCAUUAACGUCGAGUCAGUUCCGACUCAUAGCGGCCCUAUAGGACAGAGUAGAACUGCCCCAUAGGGUUUCCGAGGAGUGACUGGUGGAUUUGAACUGCCGACGUUUUGGUUAAAGCAGCCGUAUGUAGCUCUUAACCACUACGCCACCAGGGUUUCCCUCCUUCCCCAGUCCUCCCCAGUUAAAUUGCAUCCAUCCUGCGAGACUGGCUUUAAAUGCCCCUGUUCUCAGCAGAGCCUUCUCUGGCUGCCCCAGCCCUCACUCAUUGUUCUUUUUGGAGCUCUUCCUCCACUACCAACCAUCCCCACACGUUAGCUCUUUUUUCUCUUCUAAUUGAUGUGAAUCGGACCGAGUUCUUCAACGAUAUUGUAGGGCUCCGUGGGGCCCGUGUUUCUUCCAUGCCCCUGCAGCACAUGGAGCCAUCUGAGGCAGUGGGCGCUUGGUAAUCCACUUGUGUUGGUGGUCUGGUGGCGGUCUGUGAACUUUAAGACAUUUGUAAAUAACUGGGAGGUGGCUAGGUGGGGGAGGGGGCUGGUGAAGGAUUUUUACUCAGAAAUAGGAAACUGCUUGGGGAGAGGAAGGAGCAAGUACUUUCAAGAAUGAACUGGGAGCUCUGGAUAGAGUUGGCCAGGGCCCGCCCCUCCCAUCUUUCCACCCCAGGUGCUCGCCCCCAGCCACACCUGGUGGGGCAGCUGGCUUUGUAUAAGUGGCUCUGAGGAGUGGGAGGGGGCCGCAAGGAGGAGCCAAAGCUGGAGGAUGAGCGCUGAGCUUGGGCAGCAGCAGCAGCAGCAGCAGUCCGGGGGCCAAAGGGGCCGUAGUUCUGGGGAUAAGAAGCCCAAAAAGCGUAGCCGGCGCAAAGAAAACUACUCAGUGUAUAUCUACAAGGUGCUCAAGCAGGUGCACCCCGACAUCAGCAUCUCUUCGAAGGCCAUGAGCAUCAUGAACUCUUUUGUGAACGAUGUGUUUGAGCGGCUGGCUGGAGAGGCCACCCGGCUGGCCCAGUACUCUGGCCGCACCACCCUGACCUCCCGGGAAGUGCAAACGGCUGCGCGCCUGCUUCUGCCCGGGGAACUGGCCAAGCACGCUGUGUCUGAGGGCACCAAGGCUGUCACCAAGUACAUCAGCUCCAAGUGAGCAAGGCCUGACCACAAAUAAAGAGCCUGCUGCUCCCGUGCACUGUGGUGGUUUAUGAAGGAAGAGCAAGUCAGCAUCACUGUUUAACACGGCUCCACAGGAGGGACGAUAACAUGUACUCACGCUUUCUAAGAAUUGCUGAGUGUGUCCCAUGAGCAGUUAUCGUGUGGGCAGCGUGCUGUGGCAGGGCUGGAAUCUGGACUGAGUCCUGGCUUGGCUGCAGCGCUUUCCUUAUGACUUCUCUGGACUUGAAAUUCCUCUUCCAAGGUUACUCUCCACCCUGACAGUUCGUGACUUUGUGGUGCCAUCUCUUGCCCUGCGUGGCAGGUACUGUACUAGGCACAGGGCCACAAAGACCUUUCUUCAGGAUACAAACACCCAGGUCAGCUCCCAGACAGCCGGCCAAGGUCCCUAAAAGGUAUCUUUCCUCUUAAUUUCAGAACAAAUUGGGAAUGUUCUUGAAACUCCUAAUAUUUUUAACCCAACUUUUAUUUCGAAAAAUGUCAGACCCACAGAGAAAUUACAACAAAGUACAAUGACCACACACAUGUCCUUUACCUGAAUUCACCACAUAAUAUUUGAUCACAUUCUCUUGUUUUCUGCCUCUGCUUUGUCGUAAGCACAUGACCCAUAAAUUCUCUAGGCUUCCAGGGGAUGGUUGAAAAGUGGGACGUUCCUUUGGUAGUUGGAUAGGCUGUGGGUUGUUGCUUUCAGCUUCAUGUCCUGAACGGGCAUCCCCUUCUAGUAAAAAAAAAAAAAAAAAUUUUUUUUUUGGCUGGCAUUUGGGUGCAGUGCUGUGUGCUGCACGAGGAUGGCAUACAAGCCUGGCAAGGAGACUCCGUGAGCUGGGAACCUGUUACCCAUGGCAGAAACAGCUAGAAAGGGACAGGCCCAGGCAACCUGGCUCCUGAACCUCAACUUACCCACACUACCACUUUGUUUUAUACCCAGUAUUCAAGGUGCGAUAGCCUUAAUUUACAGCGUCUGGAAGCUUAUCAGAAAUGCAGAGUCUUGGGCCUCACCUCAGAACUUUGAGUCGGGCCCUGUAUUUUAACAAGAUCUUCAGUACUUUAGCUGCACAUUUAAAGUUAUGUAAUCAAAAAAAAAAUUUUUUUUUUUUUUAAUCCCUAGUCUCUUGGUCCUCUUUGCUGCUCCUUGCUUCCCCCAUCUUUUUAGCCCAAAUCCUUAUAUAUUUACUCAGAAGCCCCUACUUAGUACAGAGUCAGACAGGUCAUCCCCAGCUGACCGGGGUCAGGCUGUGGCUGAGGGACUGGUUUGUAUUACCUCUGAGCCUACAGCCCACAGAUGGCUCAGAAUGAGCCCAAAUCCCACCGAGGACACCUGCCACACUUUCUUACAGGUACAGCCCACUCGUCCUCAGCAGACCUCAGUAAGAUCGGUGUGUUUGUGUUGUCUUCCAAGGGGGAAGGUUGGGACUCCAUAUCCAGUGAAAUGUAGUACCCUUUCCCCUCACGUCAUACCUUCCUCCAAAGGACAGUCAUAUACCACAGUGAAGGGAGGCUGGACCUGAAUUCAGGAAAAGGGUGCCGAUGGACUAAUGCCUUUAGGACUAACACUUAUCCAGAGUCUCACGGCUUAUGGGGAGUUUCUAAACCGAGACCGUUCAAUUAUUUGACCCCCACUCUGUGCUCUAUCCUCCCCAGGCAUAUCACUUCACUGGAGUCUGUAACCAUAGCCCCCUUCCCUUUGGGUGCAGUCUCCAGGUCAGCCUCCAAGAUAGGUGGACCUCACCCUGCACCCUCCACCCCUCUGCUCAAGGUCUUAGAAUGCUGGUACAAUGGAACAGAACAUUUACAGUCAGGCUGUACCAGCCUGGGGGUGGAGUCAGGAUAGAACCACAGGGGUUCUAUGGUGCCAUGGUUAGUUUGCUCACAGAGGGCAGUGUGAGGAGGAGCCGGGCACCAUGUCUGAGGGGUGAGUAUUUGCUGGAAGAGGGCUCCUGCCGGGCUGAGAGAACAAGGAGCAGAGUUUGUCCCUGUCCCGUUAGGCUGCGCCCCGAGCAUGUUGCUACUGCUCCCUGGGCUGUCGCUGCCUAGAGUACAGCUUCCUCUCCUCAAGCUUCCCUUGGACUGUCAAUUCCAGAACCAGGGCUCUGCUCUGAGGAAGAGACCCUUCUCUAUGCUCAGCCCACACCCCACUUCCCCCUACUGCAGCAUCUCUUGGCAGCACCCCCACCCUGGCUUCCAGAAAGCCCCUUCUCGGCCAAGAGCCCUCACCCACCAUUCUUGUUUGUGCAUCAAUGGGCCCCCUCCAUCCCAACCUCACUCCUCCCAUGUCACCACAGGAACUCUGCUUGGGCUCCCUCUCAUAAGUAAGCUUGAGCUCACACCUCUGGAACCCAGGGUUCACCCUCCUUGGAGGGCUCAGUAGCUCCCAGCCCCAUGCCAGCCAGGCUGCCCCCGCAUUGGCUCAGAGCCUCCACCCUGUGCCCUCCCCAGAGCCUACCAGCGCCUCUGGG